AUGUCCACUACCGACAGUACAACCUUCAAAUUCUAUGCCUUCUUCUUCAAAUGGAUUGACCCAAUCAUUGCUCUCGGAGGAGCUUAUCUGAACUUCAUUGAUCCAAUUGGCGCAGUCACUUCAUUGGCACCCAACUCAAAAUACGACCCGGAUCAAGUCUUCCUCUUCCAUCAGAGCGGCGGCCUUGCAUUAGCUGUUGCUUUUCUAUCAGCAACUAUUCCCCGUUACUCAAAAGAUAUCACGGUGUGGAGGAUUUUGCAGUUCUCGCUGCUACUGUCUGACCUGGCUGGCAUUAGCGGAGUGGGUUUUGCCAUGGCCCGCCAAGGGAGACUUGGAGGAUCCUGGACUUCGGAUGAUUGGGGCUGUGGUGGGUCGUAUGUCUUCUUGACUUUAGUGAGACUGCACUUUUUAGUGUUCAGCCGUGGUAUUAGUGGCAUUAGCGACAGUCCGACAGUUAGAAAGCAGAGUUAG